UGCUAAGGCAGCACGCGUUCAGGUUCGCACGUCCGUCACCUCAAAUCCGGAAAAUAAACGCGUUUGAUAGCGAGCGCCCGUCGAGUUUCAAGCGAAUGUUUACAAAAAAAGAAAUUCGAAAUCGAGUGUCGUGUUUUCGUCCGAUACGGUAUUGUUUUAACGCGUAUGUACACUGAUACAGUACGACAUUAGUGAGCCAGGUCACUGAAAGCUAAGGUGUACUAGCAAAGACAUAUCUAAGUAUAUUCCAGUGUACCUACUAGUGUUACUGUUAGCUGGACUUGGCCAUUAAUGAAUCAGGGACGCAUCCUAAUCGGUCCGUCGACGUAAUUAAGACACAACGAUGUACCGGCGAUGAUCAUGGUUAUAAUCUCUGCUGAAAUGUUGGAAAUUCAAGAUAAUAUAUCUGAAGCCAGCUACGUAACAAGCGUGGAAGAGGCGAGCCAGAUCGACCAAUGCACGCAAACACCACCCAGCGGGAAGGCGCGCCCGCGAUCUCUGCAGAGGUACAACACAAGCGACCACAUCUACGACAGACCCAGGCCGUACAGACAGAAGGAGUACAGGCCCAAGAGCGUGGGCUUGUGCGAUUCGUACCCGUGUUUAGGGAAACCACCGAGCUAUGACAGCGGAAGCCAAGCAAAGGUCAAGGUGACGUUGACCGACAGCCCGACUAUUUCAGUCACCCCACCGCACAGUUUGGACUACGAAUGCCCUAAAGGUGUCAGCACCCCGAACGGCAGUGUCACACCUAACGGGAUGCUGUCGAACAAGUCUACGCCGACUACAGUGCUUCUAAGCCCGAGUUAUCUCCAGACUCCUUGCCAAUGUAACCAAUCGAUUAAGAGUGUAAGCGAAGUAGCGUUAGCUAUGCCUGUUCCAGGGUGGAACGAGGAAGUCCCGGGGCCGACGUCACCCGAUGGCCUCUCCUGGAGACGGUUACACAUGUCCAGAGCCAAGCUCAAAGCUACUGCGACCACCUCCGAACUAUUGUCAGGUUUCGCAAUGGUAGCGAUGGUGGAACUUCAAAUCAACGAGCCCACGAACGUCCCCGAAUGGCUGUUCGUGAUGUUCGCAGUCUGCACUACAGUACUAGUGGCGGUGCAUAUAUUCGCGCUGAUGAUCUCUACGUACCUGCUGCCCAACAUAGACGCUGCCAGCAAGAUGGAUAUACCAGGGGGCCCCGCGCGCGCGCUGAGGGACUCGCCGCAUGAAAGGAUGAGAGGCUUCAUAGAAUUGGCUUGGGCGUUUAGCACAGUUUUAGGUCUCUUCCUAUUUCUAGUAGAGAUAGCUAUCCUAUGCUGGGUAAAAUUCUGGGACUAUUCAUUCGCGGCUGCCACUGCAGCUACUGUUAUUGUUAUACCAGUAUUAAUAGUGUUCGUGGCGUUCGCGAUUCAUUUCUAUCACUCCCUGGUAGUGCAGAAAUGUGAGACUUCUGUUCAAGACAUCAAGCAACUAGAAAACAUGAAAAGAGACCUCGAUACUGCUACUGUCAAAGUUAAUAUGUACCAAUAGAUGUUGCUCAUGCGAGAGAUUAAAUAAAACUGUAACGUUCCUUUAAAAUCCUAUAUAGGUACCGUUGAAGAAACUUAUUAUGACUUCCUAAAUAAAUCGACACUAAGGUUGAAAUCUAUAGAGCGCACUUUGGCUGCUUAGACUUAAGUUUCGGUUAAAACGAGACAGAUUUAUGCCAGCGGUAUAGCUCUGUCUCGUAUUAACAGUAUCUUAAGUCUGAGCAGUCAAAGUGCGCUGUAUAAAUCUCAGCCUAAGUAGUCUCAGUUUAAAUUCAGGAUAUUUUUCGAAUAUAAUUUUAAAGUAGGUAUGUAGAUACGACGUAGGUAUGUUCCUGUCUAAGUUUAAAAUGAAAUUAAAAUUAUACUCAGUUGAAAACUACAAUCCUCUUGCAUUUUCAAUGUAGGUAGAAACGAAUUUCAUUGACUUUUAAAACUCGAAUUAAAAAUAUGUUAAUUAAUAACAUCGAAACGUUAUUGACUCGAAAAAUUUAACUAAACGAAUACUUAUCUAAAUAUUAAGUAGGUUACGAUUUCAUAAGGAAAUUAAUAUGUACCUAUUAUUUAUCUGUAAGUUAGUUUUAAAAUCUAAUUUAUCUAUUAAAUAUUAUAAAGUCUCAAAGACAUUGUUGUGAUGUUUUAAAUAGACUGAUUGGAAUUAAGCUCUAAACUCUGAUUUAAGUGUAUCUACCUAAAAAAAUUGGCCAGAAUAAUUUAAUUUUGAAA